UUAUAUUGCUGUUAUACCGUUCCCUGCUUUAAGUUCGACUAAUCCUCUUUUCAUAAAAAUCCAGGCUCGACUUUUUUUUAACCCUUUUUUCAUCGAGUUAGUGCAUCACUGUUUUUCAGAUUAUUUUCACAAAUUUACUACUCCGUCUUAAACCUUAUUUUCAGUUGCGUUUUACGAAAUGGACGCAGAUAUUUUAGAUUUGUGCAAGGAGAACAUCCAGCCUUUGAAGCAGGGGAGAAAGGCGAAUCAUUUAGGUCUCGCCCUCCAAGCACAGAACGAUUCAGAACUCAAAGAAAGACUAGACAGGGAAAGAGAUCAGCAUGAAUUGGAAAUAAUUACAUAUGAUGGAGAUGACCCCUUAGAGCCGAGAUAUAAUUAUGUCCAUUGGCUGGAACAAACUUAUCCGAAACAUGGAAAAGAGAGCAACCUCGUGCCGAUUCUCGAAGAUACAAUUAUGCUAUUUAAGGAUGAUGAUCGUUACAAACAAGAUCCUAGAUUCAUAGGGUUAAUUAUAAAAUACAUCGAAUCUCAAGAAAACGACAUCGAACUGUUUCAAAUGGUUUACGGCCAGGGCUUAGGCACCAUGUGUUCCAUGUUUUACAAAGCCUGGGCCGAUGCACUUGACAGGAAUAUGGAUGUAAAAAGGGCCGAUCAAAUCUACCAAUUAGGCCUUUCGACCCAUGCCGAGCCGUACGAUAUUCUGCAGAACGCUCAUGUCCAGUUUCAGAUGAGCGUUGGACGACGGAUGAUGGGUGGUGAACUGCCUUGCCCAGAAAAACAAGUUUCAGCCGAAACUUCAGAGAGGCAAAGGCAAGUAUUGGGGAAGCUUAAAAAGGUGACCUCAAUGCGAACCUCCUCUACAGCCCCUGGGAAAUUUUCAGUUUUGUCUUCUUCAAACAAAAUUAAAAAAGAUAAUGCUACAUUUUCUGUUUAUAAGGAAGACGAAAUUGGAGAAACUUUAUUUGGAUCCAACUCCAAGCAAAAGUUAAAUAUUGUAAACAGUGAAUUGACUCACAAGGAAAAUACGUUGAAACCCGGUCCGUGGAACCAAGGGUUGAAAAAGAAAGCUCCCGUAUUAUCCACCCCAGUUCCUGUGCCGUCUACACCUACUUUUGAGGUUUGUGUGGACUCAGAUGAAGACUUGACUCCUCCAAAACCUCCUAGCAGCAACCCGACACCAGCUUCUUCAAAAGUGCUUAAGUUGCGCAAAGCAGAAAUACAGCCAAACCCAAUGAUGCUGUUCAAAUCACCAUACCCUGGGGCGAAGGGAAAUCUACCAAAAUUUGAGGUAUUUACAGGAGGAAGGGAAUUCUGUUUUGAAGAACUUCGUUGGGCUUAUUACAAAAAACAAAUUGAAAUAAAGCUUGAUAAUAAAGAGACACCAUUAAAGAAAAUGACUGCAGUCACACCAUGCAGAUCAGCGAUGACACCACAAUUGUACACACCUCAGGACAGCCCAUGGACUGGAAACGAUAUGCCGAUACGAAAAGGACGAGUGCUGAAGCCAUUAGUUAAGCCGCUCUUCAUGCCGUUGCCAGAAGAGGAGAAUGGCGAAGAAGAAAAUCUCACAAAAUAAUUUUUUAACAUUUGUACUAGUUUUAUAUAAUUGUAUCAUUUUUAAAAAUUACUUUCGGCAUGUAUAUUUCAUAUAUUGCUUGUGUGUGAAUAAGUUAUUGUUUUUCCCAUGUUAAAUAUACAAUUUAAUGUAAUAAUAUGUAAAUAUAUGAUAAACCAUUA